GAAACUAGCUGAGUCGUUUUCUGAGAAGAGACCAUAUUUGUUCGCAGAGGAAGCCGUUGCUUUCUGGGAUCUGGCUACAGCAGAAAAGACAUCAGCUCCAGCAAGGGUGUUCCACAGGGUAGCUGAGAGUUGGAAGAGCCAAGAACGCCUCCGAGCGCUGGAUUUGAGCUUCUCUGCGCAUGGGUGCAGCACCCAUGCUCAGCUUGUGAGCUUCCUCCCGGGAGAGCAGCCAUGGCACUGAGGAAUGUGCCCUUUCGCUCAGAGGUCCUAAGCUGGGACCCCAACAGCCUUGCUGACUAUUUCAAGAAGCUGAACUAUAAGGACUGUGAGAAGGCGGUGAAGAAGUACCACAUCGAUGGGGCUCGCUUCUUGAAUCUGACGGAAAAUGACAUCCAGAAGUUCCCCAAGCUCCGGGUGCCGAUUCUCAGUAAGUUAAGUCAAGAAAUCAACAAGAAUGAAGAGAGAAGGAGCAUCUUCACACGCAAACCCCAAGUCCAGCGCUUUCCUGAAGAGACAGAAAGCCACGAAGAAGACAAUGGGGGCUGGUCGUCCUUUGAAGAAGAUGACUAUGAAAGUCCCAAUGAUGACCAGGAUGGAGAGGAUGACGGUGACUAUGAGUCCCCCAAUGAGGAGGAAGAGGCACCCGUAGAAGAUGAUGCCGAUUAUGAGCCGCCACCCUCCAACGAUGAGGAAGCUCUGCAGAACUCCAUCCUGCCUGCCAAGCCUUUCCCCAACUCCAACUCCAUGUACAUCGACCGUCCCCUCUCUGGGAAAGCCCCCCAGCAGCCUCCUGUGCCCCCCCAGAGACCAAUGGCCGCCCUCCCGCCCCCGCCAGCAGGCCGGAAUCACUCGCCGCUGCCCCCACCCCAGACCAACCAUGAAGAGCCCAGAAGCAGAAACCACAAAACAGCAAAGCUCCCUGCUCCUUCAAUAGACAGAAGCACGAAACCUCCCCUGGAUCGUUCUUUAGCUCCGUUUGACAGAGAACCCUUCACACUAGGAAAGAAACCACCAUUUGCUGACAAGCCCUCGAUUCCGGCGGGAAGGCUUCUCGGGGAGAAUUUACCCAAGAUACAAAAGCCUCCUUUACCACCAACCACAGAAAGACAUGAAAGAAGCAGCCCCUUGCCAGGGAAGAAGCCGCCUGUGCCAAAGCAUGGAUGGGGACCAGACCGAAGAGAGAAUGACGAAGAUGAUGCGCAUCAGAGGCCUUUGCCCCAGCCAGCACUACUUCCUAUGAGCUCCAACACUUACCCUUCGAGAUCUGCUAAGCCAAGCCCCAAGCACUCUCUCCCAUCCUCUCACAUGUCUGGAGCGUUCUCAGAAAGUAACAGCAGUUUUCCACAGAGUGCGUCCCUGCCGCCAUACUUCCCUCAAGGCCCUAGCAACAGACCACCUCUCAGAGCUGAAGGCAGAAACUUCCCCUUGCCACUUCCCAAUAAACCUCCGCCCCCAUCCCCUGCAGAAGAAGAGAAUUCAUUAAAUGAAGAGUGGUACGUUUCUUAUAUUACCCGACCAGAGGCAGAAGCUGCUCUUAGAAAGAUAAACCAGGAUGGCACUUUUCUGGUUAGAGACAGCUCUAAAAAAACAAUAACCAAUCCAUAUGUCCUCAUGGUGUUGUACAAAGAUAAAGUUUACAACAUCCAGAUCCGUUAUCAGCAGGAAAGUCAAGUUUACUUGUUGGGAACUGGACUCCGAGGGAAAGAGGACUUUCUGUCUGUGUCAGAUAUUAUUGACUACUUCAGGAAAAUGCCACUUCUGCUCAUUGAUGGGAAAAACCGCGGUUCCAGAUACCAGUGCACAUUAACGCAUGCUGCAGGAUACCCAUAGCAAGUUAUAGCUGAGCAAAUGAACCAUCCUCCUGCCUCUGUUGCCAACAUGAGAUCAAUCAGCUUUGGUCAACGGAUAAACACUUAGGACUGAGUUUAACCCUUUCCCAUGAACACAAGGGUAUUAUCCUUUCCUUUAAAAACAGUGUUUGAAAUGAAGACUGUCAAAUUCCCAUAAUUUAUUUAUUCUUCUUCAAUGUUUGUAAAGUGCAUGAGUCAUGUUCACACUUGAAGUACUGCACUGUAAUAAUUCACUUUUUAAAAGUUGUGCAUUUUUUAAAUAUCCAUUUCAAAAUACAGUAGUUUACACAGCUACAGAAACAAUUUGGGGCAAGUUUUAAAACACUGAAACGGUGAUAGUUAUUGGCAUCACAUAAAACUGAUUUGUUUUUACAGCCAAACCUCUGUCAGUCAGAGGCAUUCAUAAGUUUUAACACACAAUUUGAAAAUGACUAAACCUCAUAUUCUCAGCAGCAAUAAUUUAAGAGCCUUCAAAAAUACAAUUUUAUUCUUACUUAUUUGGUAUUCUUUCCUGGGGGAAUUUUUAUGUAAUUUUUUAUGAAAAGAUAAAUGCAUGUUGAGAGAACUUCUGGGAUUAAAAGUCUUUUGCUUU